CUCCUCCUCUCCCUUCUCAGCCGGUUAUUAUGGCGGAGGCCUGGGGCUCCCGCUUUGCCCGGAGCCGCUUUUUAAGCGGCUUUGUCUGUGGGGCGGCCCUGGGUUCCGCCAUUUCUGGGCUGGCCGCCAUGAAGCUCUUCCUGAGGGAGCAGCCGAACCCGGCUCCUUCCCGCCCGAGCGCCGCCGCGCCUCUGAAAAGCCCACUGCCGCCGCCAUCGGCGCCUCAGGAGGAACUGCUGACAGAGUCUGUGCUGGAAAAGUAUGGAUUUCCUAAUGCUGGAACUCAGAUCAGAUACUACACAAAUCAUGCACUGUCUUAUGACCAAGCAAAACGGGUACCAAGAUGGGUGAUUGAACAUAUUUCCAAACAUAAGACCUUGGGCAAUGCAGACAGAAAAUAUUGUAAAUUUCGACCAGAUCCUAACAUCCCUCCAGUGUUUAGUGCUAUGAAUGAAGACUACUUUGGGAGUGGCUGGUCACGAGGCCAUAUGGCACCAGCAGGAGACAACAAAUACUCACCAAAAGCCAUGGCUGAGACCUUUUAUCUGUCCAAUAUUGUGCCUCAGAACUAUGAGAAUAAUGCUGGAUUCUGGAAUAGAAUAGAAAUGUAUUGCCGAGAACUGACAGAAAGAUUUGAAGAUGUUUGGAUCGUUUCAGGACCUUUGACUUUACCUCAGGUGGAAGAUGAUGGGAAGAAAAGAGUUAUUUAUCAGGUAAUUGGAAAAGAUGAUGUGGCUGUACCUUCGCAUUUGUACAAAGUGAUCCUUGCCAGACGCAGUGAAACAUCCACAGAACCUUUGGUACUUGGAGCCUUUGUGGUACCCAACAACCCGAUCAGCUUUGACCAUCAGCUGCUGGAAUUCCAAGUUAGCAUCGAAGAGCUGGAGAAAAUGUCAGGCCUUGUUUUCUUCCCACAGGUGAAUAAAAACAAAGAUGUGAGAGAUAUCUGUGAGGUUGAUACUUGUAAACUGAUGGGCUUGGAGGAAUUUACUUUGUAUAUUACCACUCGGAAGCUACAGAGCGCUAGGACACUGGAAAGGCUGGAAAAGAUCAUGUCUGAGUUACAGGAAAAGGAAAUCAAGCCUGAUGAAUAUCUCUUAAAGGUUUAUGAGAAGAAGAAAGAAGACUUAGCAGUGCAAAAGCCAACAGAAGCUAGAGAAGGGAGAGCUGGUUAAUAAUCUGAUUUUUUGGAGGUGGGGAACAUUUUUUAACAUGUGCAUUUUCAGUAAGGAGCUACUGUGGAGAGAGUGCUGUUAUUAAAAAGAAAACUUGAAAUUUUGUUAUUGGCUUUGUAAAAGUACAGCACUUUGCAGAGAGAAUGCCCUUUCCCCAAGUUAGUGACACAGCUUGGCAAGUGGGCUUACAGUAACAUAUAAUAAAUAGAACAUUGCCAUUUUGGAAGUAUAAGUACAAUGCAUUUUAAUACAACAUUCCUUUACCAUAUGGUCUUUAAAAACUAUGUUGUGGUUUGUUCCUUUUAUAUAAACACACAACUUAAAUAUAUAUAUUUUGAAAAACAUUAUUGUCAUCUGUAAAAGUAUUCACGAGAUAAGGGCACUUUAAUUACAUUUAAUCUCAGUGUUCUGUGAAACCCAUUAGUGCAGUUUCACUAUUAUCACUGGAUAUUCCCUGGAUAAUAGUGCUUUGAAUAUGACGUCAUGUGAAAACUGUUAGCACAAUGGUGUGAUUUUGGUAGGUUAAUCACUGAUUAUAUUUCCAAUAUCCCUCCGUGUGAUAAACUCCAUUGUGUAAGUAA